AUGUCCUUAAAAAUUGUCGUGGUAUUUCUUGCAGUAAGUGUCACUGCCAUUUUUUGUAAUGAGGAAGACUCUCUUGCUUUUUGGAAAGGAACGAUUCUGGAUUCUCAUAUAGAAAAGAUCAGGACAGCAUGUGCAGAAAAAGAUAAUAUUGCUUGUUUCCAAUACAACGCUUUCAAAUUUUUGAAUGGAAUAAUCAAAAAAGAUUAUUUUGGGUUCCGUGACAAUAUUGAAGUAAAACCAAACGAUUAUGCAUCCAACGAAGUUGCGUCAAGAUCGUAUGAUAACAUAGAGGACAGUAUUGAAGAUUAUAUAAAAAAACACGAUAUAACCUUCAAAGUACCACUGAUUGGUGAUAUUACAGUUGACUCGACAGAUCUGGAUAACGAAAAAAUAGAUAUCAAAUGGAAUUUGUCAUCAGGUAGAAGUUUGGAAGCUCGCAAGAAGUCAAAAACGAAAAUUAAGAAAAUCCUAGGUCCAAUUUUGAUCUUCCUGCUACUUAAAGCAAUCACCUUGGUACCCCUAGCUCUUGGAGUUUUAGGUUAUAAAGCAUGGAACAGUCUUACAUUAUCAUUCAUGUCGUUCGUUAUAUCAACUGGGUUAGCCAUUUUCCAACUUUGUCAAAAAUUAGCAGCUGACAAUGUUCAACCACAAAUAGCGACGUCUGGGCCUUGGGAAUCAGUUGGAUCUACUCACUGGGCAAGAAAUUUAAAUGAAGAAGAUACCCAGAAAAUGGCUUAUUCUGCUUAUGUACAAGAAAGUUGA